AUGUCCAACUUUGCUUUCUUGUUGCUUUGCAUCCAGGCGUGCCUUAUCCAGAAUGCAUUCAGCCAGUACCUGCCUUAUGGAAGACUGGGCGGAGUUGUAGUAGAAGAGGCAACUGCAGUUGAAGUUGAAGUUGAAACUGUGGAAGUAGACCGUGUUGCUUACCCAGGAUAUGGAUGGGGCGCUGGGUAUGGAGCGGGCUUGGGAGCCGCCGGUCUAGGCUUCGCCAGUGCUAAUGCUGCUGCUGCUGCCAAUCUUGGAGGAAUUGGUCUUGGAGCCGCUGGUCUGGGUAUCGCUGGUGCCAAUGUUGGAGUAAACGGACUCGCCAUCCCUAACACCGGCUACGGUGGUGAUGGUAACGGUCUGAUCCUUGUCAAAGGUGACCUGCCAGUCGUUGGUACAACCAUCGUGUCUGGACAAGUACCAGUGGUCGGCGCUGUGCAGUUCAGCGGCAACCUGCCAGCGGCAGGAUCAGUUGUCAUCUCUGGAAACUGUGCAUGCGGAGGUCGUGGCCCCAUACUUUACUAA